GUCAGUCAUGAGUGUUUGAAAUCAGAUUCAGCUUGAAUUAGGUGCUUGAGAUCAGUCAUCAGUGUUUAAGGGAGUGACACUUUCAAGUUUUAAGAUUGAGGCCCUUGUCUUUCUUUCAUCUUUCAAGAAUUUUGGGCUAAAUGGCAACGAGAGAAGAAGAGACUUGCAAGAAAGAGGAGGAAAUGGGGAUUGCAGCCAACGAUGAAGAAGACGAUGAGCAUGAUUCAAAGGAAAGGGUUCUACAAAGGUACUUUCUUCAAGAGUGGAAACUUGUAAAAUCUCUCUUAGAUGACAUUGUUUCCAAUGGCCGCGUCUCAGAUCCUUCCUCCGUUCACAAGAUCCGUUCCAUCAUGGAUAAGUACCAAGAACAAGGCCAACUGCUAGAACCCUACUUAGAAAGCAUGAUCUCUCCUUUAAUGUUCAUUAUCCGGUCUAAAACAAUCGAAUUAGGCAUUGAUUCUGAUGAGAUUCUUCAAAUAAUCAAGCCUAUAUCCAUUAUUAUUUAUUCUCUUGUUACUGUUUCCGGUUACAAAGCUGUUAUCAAGUUCUUUCCGCAUCAAGUUUCUGAUCUAGAACUUGCCGUUUCUCUCUUAGAAAAAUGCCACAACACAUCUUCUGUGACAUCGGUACGGCAAGAAAGCACAGGAGAAAUGGAGGCCAAAUGUGUAAUGCUUUUGUGGCUUUCGAUUCUUGUUUUGGUUCCGUUUGAUAUUUCUUCUGUUGAUACUAGCAUUGUGAAUAGUAGUGGUAGUAUUGGAGUAGAUGAGGUGGCUCCUUUGGUGUUGAGGAUUAUAGGGUUUUCUAAAGAUUACCUUUCGAAUGCCGGUCCAAUGCGUACUAUGGCUGGAUUAGUACUCUCAAAGCUUUUGACACGACCGGAUAUGCCCAAGGCUUUGUCCAGCUUUAUUGAAUGGACUCAAGAAGUUUUAUCUUCAACAGCAGAUGAUGUAGUAAGUCAUUUUCAGUUGAUAGGAGCUGUGGAAGGCCUUGCUGCCAUUUUUAAGGCUGGCAGCAGGAAAGUUUUGCUGGAUGUUGUUCCUACCAUCUGGAAUGACGUCUCUGUGUUGAUCAAGUCAGGUUCUGCUUCUAGGAGUCCUUUGCUUCGCAAGUAUCUAGUGAAGUUAACUCAAAGAAUUGGACUUACUUGCCUCCCUCAUCGUUUACCUACCUGGCGCUAUGUGGGAAGAGCAAGCUCACUUGGAGAGAAUAUUUCUUUGAGUGCAUCCAACAAGAAUAAUCAAUUAAACCAUGGUGUGAUUCUAGAAAACUCUGAAUCAGAAGAAAAUUCCAACUGUCCAGAAGAUGAAGAUAUGGAUGUUCCUGAGAUUGUAGAAGAGGUUAUUGAGGUGUUACUUUCUGGAUUGAAAGAUACGGACACCGUUGUACGUUGGUCUGCUGCAAAAGGUAUAGGCCGUGUAACUUCACGUUUAACAUCUGGGCUCUCAGAGGAGGUCUUGUCAUCUGUAUUGGAGCUGUUUGCACCUGGUGAGGGAGAUGGUUCUUGGCAUGGGGGUUGCUUAGCAUUGGCUGAAUUGGCAAGGAGAGGGUUGCUCUUACCUUCUAGUCUCCCCAGAGUUGUACCUGUUGUUAUAAAGGCAUUACAUUAUGAUGUCCGAAGAGGCCCACAUAGCGUUGGAUCUCAUGUACGUGAUGCUGCUGCCUAUGUUUGUUGGGCAUUUGGCCGUGCAUAUCUUCAUACAGAUAUGAGAAAUGUAUUGGAACAGCUUUCUCCCCACCUAUUAAGUGUGGCAUGCUAUGAUCGCGAGGUUAACUGUAGAAGAGCUGCAGCAGCUGCUUUUCAGGAGAAUGUUGGAAGACAGGGGAAUUACCCACAUGGAAUUGACAUAGUGAAUACUGCUGAUUACUUUUCGCUUUCAUCGCGAACAAACUCUUACAUUCAUGUUGCCACCUGUAUUGCUCAGUAUGAAGGGUAUCUUCAUCCAUUUGUGGAUGAGCUUCUGCAUAGCAAGAUCUCUCACUGGGAUAGGAGCUUGAGAGAGCUUGCCACAGAGGCACUUGCUGCUCUUGUCAGAUAUGAUGCUGCAUACUUUGCGGACUUUGUUCUGGAAAAGUUAAUUCCUUUUACUCUGUCAUCUGAUUUAUGCACACGCCAUGGUGCAACCUUAGCGGCUGGAGAACUUGUUCUGGCUCUACAUCAGUGCGGUUAUGAUCUUCCCAAUGAUAAACAGAAACAAGUUUCUGGUAUCGUUCCAGCUAUUGAGAAAGCACGCCUCUAUCGGGGGAAGGGUGGAGAAAUAAUGCGGGCAGCUGUUUCCCGGUUUAUUGAAUGCAUCUCAUUUUCUCGAGUUCCUUUACCAGAGAAAGUAAAACGAAGUUUGAUUGACUCCCUUAAUGAGAAUCUAAGGCACCCUAACUCUCAGAUACAGACUGCAGCUGUGAAAGCCCUAAAACACUUUGUACAAGCAUACCUUGUUGCUACUGAUAAUAAAGGUGCGGUUAGUAAUAAUAUAACGUUGAAAUACCUACAACUCUUGAAUGAUUCAAAUGUUGCUGUAAGAAGAGGAUCUGCAAUGGCAUUGGGUGUUCUUCCCUAUGAAAUGUUGGCUAAUCAGUGGAAGGAUGUGAUUUUGAAGCUUUGCAGCUCUUGUGCAAUUGAGGAUAACCCUGAGGAUAGAGAUGCUGAAGCACGAGUUAAUUCUGUCAAAGGACUUGUAUCUGUUUGUGAGACAUUAGCUCAGGAAAGAGAAAGUUCUGAUAUUCAUUCUGUAGAAGACAACAUGUCUCUAUUUCAUCUCAUGAAGAAUGAGGUAAUGGUUAGUUUGUUUAAAGCUCUUGAGGACUAUUCAGUUGAUAACAGAGGAGAUGUGGGUUCCUGGGUUCGUGAGGCUGCUAUGGAAGGCCUAGAAAGAUGUACAUAUAUCCUCUGUAAGAGAGAUUCCAUGAGUUCUACAGGGAAAGCAGACAUAUUUGAAUCUAUGUCGAAGCAACCUAAUAACAAUGUUGUUGAAGAAAAUCAAAUGUGCUUGUUUUUUGAUGUAAAUCUUGCUACCAAUUUAGUGGGAGGGAUCUCCAAGCAAGCUGUAGAAAAGAUGGAUAAACUAAGAGAAGUGGCUGCUAAGGUUCUCCAAAGGAUUCUGUACCACAAGGAAAUUUUCGUUCCUUUUAUACCAUAUAGGGAAAAGAUAGAAGAAAUUGUUCCGAACGAAACAGAUCUAAAGUGGGGAGUACCUACCUUUUCAUAUCCGCGAUUUGUUCAAUUACUUCAAUUCAGUUGUUAUAGCAGACCAGUGCUGUCUGGUUUAGUUAUUUCAAUUGGUGGCUUGCAAGAUUCUUUGAGGAAGGCAUCAUUGUCAGCUUUUCUGGAAUAUCUUAAUGUCGAACAAGAUGUUAAUGAAGAACUCAAAUUGUGCAAGUUAUCCAUGGACAUCCUUUGGAUUCUCCAACAGUAUAAGCGAUGUGACAGGGUUAUUAUACCCACAUUGAAGACAAUUGAGAUUCUUUUCAGCAAAAGGAUAUUCUUGGAUAUGGAGGCGCAUACUUUGGCUUUCUGUUCCGGUGUUUUGGAUUCCCUGGCGGUUGAAUUGAAAGCAUCAAAAGACUUCUCUAAGUUAUAUGCAGGCAUUGCAAUACUUGGUUACAUUUGUUCAGUUUCCGAUCCUAUCAACUCCCGUGCCUUUUCUCAUCUUCUCACAUUCCUUACUCAUCGGUACCCUAAGAUUCGCAAAGCCACUGCAGAACAAGUUUACCUCGUCCUGCUGCAGAACGGAAGCCUGGUGUCGGAGGAAAAAACCGAAAAGGCGCUUGAAAUUGUUUCAGAAACUUGCUGGGAUGGUGACAUGGAAACAGCAAAGGUUAAGAAGCUGGAAGUGUUUGAAAUUGUGGGACUGGAUGUGGGAGUUGGACAGUCAAAAACUGCAGCAAAUGUAACAUCAAACAAAGGAGGUAGGAAAUUUACAACUUUAGAUGAAAAUGAAUCUUACUCUUCGUUAGUUGAGUCAAGUGGAUUUUGAUUGCUUCAUCUAAGCUUGAACCGGCCCUCUGUUGUAUAUUAUUUCUUCUUUUCUGAUCUUUUUCCUUUGAUUAAUGAGAGGUGAUGAUGAUUUGGCAUUCUUUUCUCACGAGGAUGAAUUUUGUUUUAGAAAUAGUCAUACUUUGUGAGUGUGUGUGUGUUUCUUUUAAAUAUUGAUUUUUCUAAUAUAUAUUUUAGAGUUUUUUUACUCAA